AUGGGUGCGCGCCUCCUGCUACUGCUGGGCCUUUCCUUGCUGCUGGGCGUCCUGCAAGCUCUACCAUGUUUCACGUGUCCACGAGUCAAUGCCAGCGGAGUUUGCGAGACUUGGGAAAGUGUCUGUCAGACUCAAGGCAGCCAGCAGUGCUUCCUGAGGAAGGUCUAUGACGAUGACAGGCUCCUGUAUGGAUCCCAGGGCUGCGGGGACCUGUGCCUCUCCCUGUCUUUCUUCAGACAAAGUGUUCAAGUGGAUUUUGUAUGCUGCAAUGACGCACCUUUCUGUAACAGAUUCUAGAGACUUGGUCCUGCUCAGUUAUGCAUUUAGCCCUUUUCUCUACGUCCACAGCCUCAAAGGACGGGGCCGUCUUUCCCCAGCACUGUCCAAGCCCGGAAGCCUGUU